AUGCUCACCGCCGACUCGCCGCCCGCACGGCCAAGUCCAGUGCCCGGAACCAUCAGCACCACCUCCCCCUGUCGCCAGGGAGGGGUGCCCUCGCCGGAGGAGGCCGCCGCCCCCGCACCUGCGCCGCCACGCCACCUGCCCCGCCAGCCGCCGGCCACGGCAGGGGAGGUCGCCCGUGGACCAGGCCGCCCACAGCCCCCGCCACCCGCCGGGCCGCCGGCGCCAGAUCUGGCCGGAUCCGACGGGUGCGACACCACCAGAGACCGCGGCCGCCGCGCCGCAAGAGGAGGCCCCGCGCGCGACGCCGCCAACCACGCGCGCCGCCGCUCCGAGCCCCCGCCGCCGCACCGCUGCACCUCGCGCCAGUGCAGUGCCUCCACGCGCCCGGGCCAUCCCAUGCCAGCCGGGGGAGGCGAGGGGAGGGGAAACAAGGCCCCGCCGCCGCCGAAGCCAGCCGGGCUUUGCCCGCUGGCCCUUGCCGGCGGCGGCGAGGGGAGGAGGAGGGAGGGAGGGCGCGGAGAGCCGGCGGCUAGGGUUUCCCCCGCGUCGCUCGCGGGAGCGGCUGGGGGGAGGGUUGGUGUUCCUCAAAUGGCUCCUUUCCUGCUUUGA